AUGGGAUUAAAGGGUCGCGUUGAGAACAGCCUUGAAUCUCAUGGCAUUUCACGGGAAUUUAUAUCAAAAAUCGGACAAUGCAUCAAUACGGCGACCAAGAUCACCAGCUUCACCUAUCCGUUUGUCUCGCAUGAGGUCCGAGAAGCCAUUGCUUUAUAUGCUUCAUACGUUAUCACCAUUGAUGACUUAACAACUAAGAUCCUACCGGACCUAAAAAAAUAUACUACUCAGCUGGUCCUUGGUCAGUCGCACCAACAUGAACUUCUCCGUGGCUUUACGAGGUUUCUGGGCGGCCAACAACAGCUGUUUGGACAGUUCGGCGGCGACAUGAUUGUCAAGGGAUCCAUAGAGUUCAUCUCAGCAGCAGUAGUUGAACAAAACCAAGAUAAAUGUUUGCACUUGUCAUCUGAUGCAUCCGACUAUCUGGUUUUCUUCAGGGCAAAAACGGGUGGUGCUGAGCCAUUCGCCUUUUUCUGCUUCCCAGAAAACAGCAAUCCGGAGGACCAAGACUUGGCAAGAUAUGUCGCUGCUAUUCCAAGUAUUAUGCUAUUUUUGGGCUACGUCAAUGACCUGCUGUCCUUUUACAAGGAGGAGUGCAACGCCGAGGACUGUCCAGGCUUUAUACAGAACCAUUCUAAAGUCCACGGUUUUACGUUGCUUCAGUCACUACACCAACUCCGAAAGGAAACGAUAGAGGAAUUAGCUGACCGGGUUGCCAGCAAUACAUGUCAGGGCCAACAGACCGCCAAAGGAGGCACCCUGAACCAUAGGCACCACGCAAUCGACCUGCUCCCACACCCUAAGAAUCCUUUGACUUGCGACUCGAUGUCAAUGCAUCGCGAAUCAUCUCCUGAAACCAAGAUGGAAAUCCACGGAUACCACUGA